AUGUUGCCCUGCUGGCAGAAGGGAAGACGAGGACAGGCGGCAGCCUCGAUGGAGGCCAGCCCCUCGCCUCAGAGAGCCCCGGACGUGUCUGCUAGCGCAGCGCGCCCCCGCUCGCGCGUCGGAGGCGGCUACCAGCUCGACCAGAGGGGUCGUGCCCUCAACGCGUCCAGCCCCGGGGUGUCGUCGAGCAUCGCGCUGACGCUGCGCCCAGGGAGCGAUUGCACCUCGGAGCUCCUCCGGCUGUUCGCGCGGCUGACCAGGUAUGCCUCCGAGGGCGACGUCGAUCGGGCCGCCGAGCACCUGAGCAGCAGCGGCUUCCAGGCCAUCGCGGAGGAGCUGAGAGCGAGGCAGACCGCAGCCACGUCUGGCUUCGGUGACGUCGGCCACGAUCCGGGGGACAGGAUCUGUUUCGAGCCGGACCACGACUUCGUGCACUGGGUCGCGGAGCGCAAGGCAGAUCCCGACGCGAGAAGCACAUGUGUGUUGUGCGGGGAGAACGGGAGCAUGGGUGUUUGGUUCGGUGUGGCAGCUGCCGAGCGCUGUGGUGGCACCUGCUUGGGGACGAGCAUGUCGACCAGCGUCGGGUCCAGCGCCAGAAAAGAGCAGCGACGAGACCCCUUCGAGGAGAGCUCCGUGAGGAGGCACGCCAGUGCUCCCUCGGGCAGCAUGGCGGUCGCCUGCACCGGGCGCCGGGCUCCCGCGCCGUCCCCCUACCAGACGACUCCCUCCCGCGCGGCGGCGAGGCCCAGCUCGGCCUCCCCGGCCGGGGAGAAGCCCUGGACCCCGAACGGCGUGCCGAGCCGCCUGUCCACCAGCGUGCCCCAGAGGCGGGCCGCGCGCGCCAGCUCCGCCGGCGGCGCGAGGCCGCGGGCGGAGCCGCCCUGCCCCCGGCGGGCCCCCCGGCCGACGUCCCUGCGGUGGUAG